AUGCCGUUAAUGGUCAAGAUACUCCCUGUUAGCGCAGAACAGGAUCCCAUGAUAACCGUCGCUGCAAGUUCAUACCACAGCUACGGAGGAAACUUUUCGGAAGCUCCAAUUGAGUCAAUUGCUUCUAAUAAAAAUGCUACUUCGGAAUUGAAACCGAAAAAAAAGUCGAGAGGUACAACGCUCCUGACGGUAACUAAUUCUUCUUCAAGCCGAAAUGACUCUAGGAAUAAGAGCAACAAAACAGAUACCUCACGAAAUGUGAACAACACCACAUCAAUCAAGUAUAAAAUUACAUCAACAAUCGCCAACGGUGAAAUUCCUAUUACGGAAGAAUUUGCUCCAUCUGCACUUGAAAAUGAAAGUGACAACGACGAUGAGCAACACAUCUUAUCAAAAGUCCAUUGGACUAUUUUGUUCAUUCUAAUUGCUCCACUCUGGUGUGUCCUGAAAGCUAUUUGUUUGCCUGCGCGAAUGGUUCUUUACUUCGACAAGUAUAAGAAUCCCAACGGACGAGCUGGAAAAAAUUCUGUCAAUCUCUUUUUAACGUUAAUUUUAUUGGCUUUUAUCGCUUUGUUCGUGUUGAUUGGUAAUACCAAACACGACGGGAAUUACAAGGUUUCUACCAAUGACGUUCAUAUUUCUUCACUUCCUGGAAUUCGCGAGUUAUACGCCGAAGAAGCAAACAAAUUCAAAAGGGAAUUUCAAAGGUUAACGCUUCAAGCUACGAAGAAUGUACUCUCGCAUCCUUAUGAACUUGUUCGUUAUGGCGUUGGCGUCGAAAUCAAUAUAAACUACAAAUGGAAGCAACUUCAUUGUAAUAAAAAAAGUUCCAUUUUUAAAAAUGGAGUUUGUACCGUGGAGAAGUCGAAAAAGGCUAAAAGAAGCGCAAAUCAGCAUAAUAAUUUCAAUCGAACCAUAGAAUAUUAG